AUGAGGUCCACUUUCAGCGGAAUCCAGAAGCUUGUGUCAAGGCAGUCGCCGGAGCCCGAUACGCCUCUGCCAGAACAGUCUUCUCGGACGAAACAGCCAUCUCCGACUGACGAAGAACGGGUCCCCAGCCCACAGAAUUCUGAGGCGACGGAACCCAACAAUCAGUUGGUUCCGUAUUCGGUUAUUCUUCUUGAAUCCGAGAACCAAGAGAUUGAGUCGCUUCCGAUUCCCAAAUCUCCGAUGGCUGUUGAUGGAGACUGCGACUCUUCGGCUAACCCCCAAAGAUCUCAGCCGAUUGAACUUUGCAAUCCGAUCCCCGAUCUGCUGAUUGAAGAAAUCUCCGAUGGUUCCGAGUCGGUUCAAGUGACCGGAACUACAGGGCUGUCUGUCUCGUCUCGGAUGUAUGGUUCUUUUACUUCUCGGAAAUUGCAUGCUGAGGUGAACACCACUUUUGGUGAGAUUGAUGAGGUUAGGGAACUGAUAAAUGCUGUGGGUCUGCUUAGAACUGUAUCUGAGAGUAAGCCCUUUGAUCCCCAAGUUGUGUAUGAAUUUUGGGCGAAUUUGCCAACUGUUGAGCCAGAGACAGAUUCAACAGAAGUUUUGGUUCAGAAUUGGGUGUAUGAGUUUACUCCUGACAGGAUCAAUGCUCUGUUUGGUCUUGCAUCUGUGGAUGAACGUACAGAACAACGGCAUAUGGCUGAAGUGAUUACCUUAGACAUAGCUCUCUUUGUGUCUGGAGGUAAAGCCAAGGUCUUCAAGCAGUUCCAAUUGUCUAAGGUUGAGGACAACAACACGAAAGAUCUUCUCAAGAUCUGUUGUACCAACUGGCUGCCUACCACCAAUGAUGGGUAUGUCACUCCUGACAGAGCCAAAUUGGUCUACAAGGUGAUGCAUCAGGAGCCAUUUGAUUUUGGGAGGAUGGUCUUUAAGCUGAUCAUCAACUUGGGUCUGACCCCUGUCUCAAAGUUGUGCCUGCCGUUUCCCAGUUUGAUUUAUCAGCUGAUCCAGUCACAGCACCCUGUGCAUCCGGAUGUAUCUCAGCCAGUGCCAAAGUCCAACAAGAAGGGCAAAGCUAAGAGAGGACAGACUGCUGAGGUUCCAGUGUGA